AUGGACUCUAGACACAUCCAACAAACACCCUACGGCUCAACCACCGUCCCCUCUCGCGGCAACAACAUGAACCAUCCAAUCGCAUCUUUCCUCCGUCAGCUACAAUCACAAUCUCCUGAGCACUCCCGCCAGCGCUUGGGCCUUCUUGCAUUCUUUAUCUCCGGUGGAAUCCUCCUCUUACUCACCGGAAUCACCGCCACAGCUUUCGUCCUAGGAUUCAUCGCUUUCCUUCCGAUCAUCAUUAUCUCAAGCCCUAUAUGGGUCCUUCUGUUCCUCCUCGUUACCGGAUUCUUGUCCGUUGCCGGAUUCCUAUUCGGUACUGCGGCUGUCGUGUCGUGGACGUACCUGUAUUUUAAAGGCAUGCACCCGGUGGGGUCGGAUCAAGUGGAUUAUGCUCGGAGUCGGAUUUAUGAUACGGCGGCUCAUGUUAAAGAUUAUGCUGGUGGGUACUUCCAUGGUAAGUUUAAAGAUGCAGCACCUGGUGCAUGA